CGCAAACAACUUUCACCCUCUUUCUCUCCCUCUCCCAACCACGACAAGAGAUUUCUUCUAAGCCACAGAAGCUUCUUUGCGGCGUUUUUCGCUCACGUUGCAAUCCGCUUGAGGGUACUCAAGAUCGCGAUCAUGCCUACUUCCUAUCGCAUCGAAAGAUCCCCCAACAAUCGUGCCGGCUGCAAGAAUGCAGAGUGUAAGAAUGCAGGCGUGAAGAUCACCAAGGGCGAGCUCCGGUUCGCUACUCUAGUCACCAUCAAGGAGAAUACGUCUUGGCAGUACAAGCACUGGGGAUGCGUCACGCCCCAAGUCAUCCAGCAUGUCAAGGAUCACAUUGAGGGCGACUUUGAGCUGAUUGAGAACUGGGAGGAGCUCUCGGGAGAGGACCAAGAGAAGGUCAAGGCUGCUAUCGAGAAUGGCCAUAUUGAUGACGAAGACUGGAAAGGCGAUGCCGAACUCAACCGCCCCGGUAAGAAGGGCUUCCGCCUCAAGGUCCCCAAAGCGAAGAAGGGCAAGGAAGAUGAUGAGCCUGGAUCCGAGAACGAAAAAUCUACCACCAAGAAGCGUUCUCGACCCACAAAGGACGAAGAUGUCGACGAGGAAAAAGUUCCCGCUCCUAAGAAGGCCAGGAGCAAAAAGGUUGCUAAGGCUAAGGUCGAGAGCGAUGUCGAUGAAGAAGAGGUGCCUGCCCCAAAAAGCUCGAGGGCCAGAAAGGCUACCAAGAACCAGGAGGAAGGCAACGUUGUUGAUGGGGAAAAGGCGCCUCCCAAGCCCAAGAAAGGCAGAGCUCCGAAAAAGCAAACCAAGAAGGGAGCUGCUCAGGAGAACACAGAAGAAGCAGCCGCUGCCCUUGAAGAAGCGGUUGCUGCCCCUGAAGAAGCGGUUGCUGCCCCUGAAGAACGGUUGCUGCCCCUGAAGAAGCGGUUGCUGCCCCUGAAGAAGCUGCUGCUGCCCCCGAAGAAGCUGCUGAUACCUCUGAAGAAGCGGCCGCUGUUUCUGAAAAGGCGGAACCUGCUCCGAAGCCCAAGCGUUCUCGUGCUAAGAAGGCCGCUACUGAGGAAGCCAAGGAUGAUGAAACCCCGAAAGUGCCUAGCAAGGGAAAGAAGGCUAAGAACGUGGUUGCCACUGCCACCGAGGACACUAAAAAGGACGAGACUGUGUCGAAGGACAAGGAGACUACUAAGGCCGCUCCCCAGAAGAGGACGAGGAAGGCUAAGGCCUAAACCAUAACAUGGUUCUCGUGGUUAGGUUAUACCCGCCUUAGCUGCCUUUCCGUUGAUUUGGUCAUUAACGUACCCAUGUUUCAUGUUGAAUCAGCGCGGCAAAGGUAGUAUUCUAACGACAGGGGGAAAUUGUAUUGCACAUGGGUUAUGGGGUUUCUUGCUUGUGGCUCAGAAAGCUUUCGCUUUCCCAACGAAUACCCUGAUAUGUUUCACCUUUUUUCGCUGUAGCUUUUCGUCCUUCUCUUUUAAAAAACAGAGCUUACUUGUAUUGCCUACUAUUGAAGCUCUACAUGCUUAUAAAUGAC